UACCAUCCGAAGCGCAUCUCGCAUCGCGGCCUAUCCACUUUUCCCCUUUCUCUAUAUAACACCCCAUUCUUCUCCUCAGAUAAACAAAUUCAACACAGUGCAUGCUGACAAGGGCAACAGCAAGAAUGCCAUUCCUCACCAACCUCACCAGUUCUAUCCCGUCGUUCGCAAAGGCAAGGCUCACAAAUUUCUCUUCGGGGGACGAUGUCGUCGUCGUCAGUGCCGUCAGAACUUCUCUCACCAAAGCGAGGAAAGGCGGUUUCAAGGAUACCCUGCCGGAAGAGCUGCUGGAAGCUGUCUUUAUUGAGGUCGUCAAGCGCGGUGGAGUGGACCCUGCUCUCAUUGGAGAUAUAGCAGUAGGAUCGGUAGCUACGCCCGGCGGCGGUGCCAAGAUUGCGCGUAUGGCACAGCUGUCGGCGGGUAUACCUCAUACAGUACCUCUCAAUACUGUGAAUAGGCAGUGUUCGUCGGGCUUGGCGGCUUUUGUACAGAUUGCAAACGAAAUCAAGGCAGGUACUAUCGACAUUGGCAUAGGCGCGGGCGUCGAAUCCAUGACUGCCCACUACGGCUCCGGCACCCUCCCCGAACGCCUCUCCGACCGUAUCCUCUCCAACCCCGAAUCUGCCGAUUGUCUCAUCCCCAUGGGUAUCACCUCUGAAAAUGUUGCGAAGGAGUUUGGGAUCAGUAGGAGAGAGCAGGAUGAGUUUGCGGCUGAGAGUUUUCGGAGGGCGGCGGAGGCGCAGAGGGAGGGCAAGUUCAGGAGUGAGAUCGUUCCUGUCAAAACAAAUUGGAAAGACCCCAAGACGGAGGAGGUACACGAAAUCAUCGUCGACCACGACGACGGUAUACGCCAAGGCGUCACGGCCGAAUCGCUCUCCAAACUCAAACCUGCUUUUGCCGCGGAUGGAUCCACCCACGCUGGUAAUGCGUCGCAAGUGACGGAUGGGGCUGCUGCUGUCCUCCUGGCGAGACGAUCGGUGGCGCAAAAGCUGGGGUUGCCGAUCUUGGGCAAGUAUGUGACGUCGGCGCUUGUUGGAGUGCCACCGAGGAUUAUGGGUGUGGGCCCAGCAUAUGCUAUCCCGAAAGUCCUCCAACAAGCCGGUCUCUCCAAGGAAGACAUCGACUUUUACGAGAUCAACGAAGCAUUCGCAUCCCAAGCCCUCAUGUCCAUCAAACACACCGGCCUACCCCUUUCCAUUGUCAACCCCGUCGGCGGCGCCAUCGCGCUCGGCCAUCCGCUCGGGUGUACGGGUGCGAGACAGAUCGCGACGGGUUUUGCGACGGCAAAGAGGGAGGGGAAGAAGGUGUUUGUGACGAGUAUGUGUAUGGGGACUGGGAUGGGCUAUGCGGCGAUCUUUGUGAGCGAGCAGUGAGUGGUAAGAGACUCGGUCUUUCUUCGAUCCGCGGGGGGGUAUGGUGGCAUUCGGAAUGUUGGGAAAUGAGCAAGCAUGGCAUGACUUGGAGGGUGGAUAGGUCGAUCGUGAUGACGAAUGGCUGGUCAAACGUGACAAGGGUUGUAUGUACCAUAUGAUAGCGGUAAAUCGUCGGUCGAUAUAGUGCAAAUGUAUUGAUGAUAUCUG